AUGUCAUUCAGGGAUUUGGAUGUUGAUUUGGAGUCUCAGAGACCAUUUUCAGAUCAUCCAGAAUUUGACAAGAUCACAGAUGAGAUUUCUAAUCUUUUAUUAGAUGUUAACAAUAAUCUUGUGACGUUAAAGAAAUUUGUUAGCUCAUUAGAAACUAGUAAGAAUGAUAAGAAUAGAUCUAACUUGAAUCAUAAAUCCGUCAAAUCCAUAGACACCAUAACAGAUCUCUUUAAAAACUUGAGUCUCUUGAGUAGAAGAGUUAAUGAUUAUGAAGAAUUAAAUCCAUCACAAACAUUCACAAAGGAUAAAGUUACAAGAGAGAUCAAAAUUUCACUAGAAGAGUUCCAAGAUUUACAAGCAAAGUUUACAACGAUAACCAAAAGAUUAAAUGAAGAGGCUAAGGCCGCUUUGGAUCAGGAUUCUACAACAGCUGGUGGUGAAGUUGGCGGUGGUACAAUUGGGAAUCCACAACAAGAAUUAAUCAUAGAAAGAGAUGUAAUCAAUACUGAAGAAUUCGAUCAUCAACAAAACUUAAUAAGAGAAAGAGAAGAAGAAAUAGAGAAUAUUGAACAUGGUAUCAAUGAAUUAAAUGAGAUAUUUACGGAUCUUGGUGCUAUAGUUAGAGAACAAGGUACAAUGGUUGAUAAUAUUGAAUCAAAUAUUUAUGAUAUUUCAAACUCAACAAGAUCAGCUGCUGGUGAAUUGUCCAAAGCUUUACAUUAUCAGAGAAGAUCUAGAGGUAAGACUUUCUGUUUAUUAGUCAUCUUAGUUAUUAUUUUAGUUGUUGUUAUAUUGGGUAUUUUCUUAGGUUAA